AUGGCCCACCAAGCACACUCCUAUCACAUAGUAGACCCAAGCCCUUGACCGAUCUUCGGAGCAAUCGCCGCCCUACUUACCACCUCAGGACUAAUCAUAUGAUUCCACCAUAACUCCUCACAACUCCUGUCCCUAGGGCUAUUCUCCAUAAUUCUAGUUAUACUCCAAUGAUGACGAGACAUCGUACGAGAGAGCACCUUCCAGGGUCAUCAUACCCCUACAGUUCAAAAAGGCCUACGAUACGGCAUAAUCCUUUUUAUUACAUCCGAAGCAUUCUUCUUCCUGGGCUUCUUCUGAGCAUUCUUCCACUCCAGCCUAGUCCCCACCCCAGAACUAGGCGGACAAUGACCCCCAACCGGAAUCAAACCCCUCAACCCCCUAGAAGUACCUCUACUAAACACGGCCAUUCUCCUAGCAUCAGGUGUUACUGUAACAUGAGCACACCAUAGCAUCACAGAAGGCAACCGAAAACAAGCAAUCCAUGCACUCACCUUAACAAUCUUGCUAGGAUUCUACUUUACAGCUCUACAAGCAACAGAGUACUACGAAGCACCAUUCUCAAUUGCCGAUGGUGUCUAUGGCUCAACCUUUUUUGUCGCAACAGGAUUCCAUGGACUUCAUGUAAUCAUCGGAUCCUCUUUCCUAUCAGUCUGCCUCUUACGACUAAUUAAAUUCCACUUCACAUCUAACCACCACUUCGGAUUUGAAGCUGCAGCCUGAUACUGACACUUCGUAGACGUUAUCUGAUUAUUCCUCUACAUAACUAUUUACUGAUGAGGAUCCU